AUGGAUAUACAACAUAUUGUCGACGGCGCAGCCGACAUCACGCUGGAGGAGGAGGAUCUCGGUGUCCGUUUCGAAGAUGAGCCAACUGGUGGUAUAGACCACACUUCGGUGCAACAAACCUGGUCCGUUGUCGGCAGGCUUUUAACCGAUCGCAACUUCAAGUCCGAGAUGAUGAAACGCGUACUUGUCUCUGCAUGGCGCCCCUUGAUGGGCAUUGAGGUGGCUGACGUUCAUCCUAACCUCUUUCUGUUUACUUUCUUCGAUGAAGCGGAUAGACGGCGAGUGUUGGAAGAGGGUCCCUGGGCGUACGAGAAUGCUACGUUAAUCUGUCAAUCGCUAGUUGGGGAUGAACAUCCUACUCAGGUGAUUCUAAACUCUGUUGAUUUAUGGGUUCAGGUGUUCGAUUUGCCGAUUGGGUAUCGUACGGAGAAGGUUUUGGAGAAGGUUGGGGACUUUGUUGGUGUUUACCUGCGGGUAGACGACCGAAAUUUCACUAGGCCAUGGGCUACGUUCUAUAGGGUGAGAGUGAGGCAUGAUGUCGCUAUGCCGCUAAAACAGCGCAUGAAGAUGAUCCCCCGGGAUGGUUCUUGGGCAUGGGUGAAUUUUAAAUACGAACGCUUGCAUAUGUUUUGUUAUUUUUGUGGUAAAUUGGGCCAUACGGAUAAGUUUUGUAUUGAGGCGAGACGCUCUCCUUUGAAACCUGAGCAGUACUUAUACGGCCCGGCUUUGAAGGCGGGUGCGACAAGUCCGGCUAAGGCAUUGGGGGAAAAGUGGUUUCAUCUAGGGCAGGAGCGGCGGAAGGAGAUUGGUUUUGGAGGGGCACCAUUUGUUGGCCGGCCGGCUGUUGGGACGGAUGGGGUAGUUGGGGCUGUCUCGGCAGUAGGAGCGGAUGGGGCGGGUGGCAGUGGGGCUGCUCGUAGUGUGGCGGGAAAUGGGAUGAGGGGGUUGGCGGAUGGUGGUUCGGCGAGUGGGGUGGGGGAGGAGAUGGGUGUUCGGGUGGAUCCGAAACGUCGGAGGGGUGUGGAUGGUGGUGUGGUGGAGGUUGUUAGCGAUAUGCAAUUGGAUACAAAUCCUUCUCGUUUGGUGGGACCUGGGGACCAGGCCCACCUCUCUCAAUGA